CCCCCUUAACUACCACUCCUCAAGACUCCCCCUCUCAGACCCAUCUCUCUUUCUUUCUUUUCUCUAUUUGUCUCUCAACUUAUUGUUAUGAAAGUCUAAAGAGUAAGGACUUUGCUUUGUUUCAUCGUACUUUUUUGUUACAGGGACAGCGUUUUUUUGUUUUUGCUCAUCAUGAACAAUUUACAUGACUGGCCUGAACCAAUAAUCCGAGUCCAAUCCUUAUCCGAAAGUGGCCUACCAAUCAUUCCAGACAGAUAUAUCAAGGCACCUUCCGAUAGACCUUCCUUAAACCCCCCUGGAAACAGUGAUGUCAAUAUUCCAAUAAUUGAUCUUACAGGCUUAUCCGAUGACGAAAACCAUCUUCCUCAAACAACAAUUGAUCAAAUUUCUAUGGCCUGUCGAGGGUGGGGAUUUUUCCAGGUCGUUAACCAUGGAGUUAGCCCUGGAUUAAUGGACCAAGCACGUGAAACUUGGAGAAGUUUUUUCCAUUUACCUAUGGAGAUUAAGCAAGCUUAUGCUAACUCCCCCAAGACUUAUGAAGGCUAUGGUAGCAGAUUAGGAAUUGAAAAAGGUGCCAUUCUUGAUUGGAGUGAUUACUACUUUCUUCACUAUCUUCCAUUAACUCUCAAAGACUAUAACAAGUGGCCUGCCUCUCCAGAUUCUUGCAGGGAAGUAAUUGACGAAUAUGGGAAGGAAUUGGUGAAGUUGUGUGGGAGAAUAAUGAAGGUUUUGUCAAUAAACCUUGGAUUGAGAGAGGACCAACUUCAAAAUGCAUUUGGUGGGGAAAAGUUUGGGGCAUGUUUAAGGGUGAACUUUUAUCCAAAGUGUCCACAGCCUGAUCUGGCUCUGGGUUUGUCAUCCCACUCGGACCCUGGUGGCUUGACAAUUCUCUUACCAGACCAUGAAGUCCCUGGUCUUCAGGUUCGGAAAGAUGGUCGGUGGAUCACUGUGAAGCCUGCCCAGCACGCGUUUAUAGUCAACAUCGGUGAUCAAAUUCAGGUACUUAGCAAUGCAAAUUACAAGAGUGUAGAGCAUAGAGUGAUAGUAAAUUCAAAUAUAGAAAGAAUAUCAUUGGCCUUCUUCUACAAUCCAAAGAGUGAUAUACCAAUCAAGCCGGUGGAAGAGCUGGUUUCAACAGACAAACCUGCAUUGUAUUCGCCAAUGACAUUUGAUGAAUAUCGACUGUUCAUCAGACUAAAAGGUCCCAAAGGCAAAUCCCAAGUUGAAUCCCUAAAGUCUCCGAGAUGAUUGAGACUUUUUUUUUUUUUUUUAGAAUUUCAAUUCACCGUAA